AACUAUAACCAAUUUAGUUUUUUUUUCAUCACACUAAUCUAAAAAUCAAAAUCCAUAUUUAAGAACAUUACUAUGCAUCCCCAAAUUUAAAUCAAUUUCAUAAAAUCUUCAAUUUAUGGAAUCAAGCUGUUGUGGUGAUUACGUGGUGGCUGCUUCGACGCCGGAGAUGGCGGCGGUGGUUACAGAAUCCGAAUCAAUAGCGUUGAGUCUUCUAUGUAUCGUCUUCAUCGUUCUCUUCUACGGCUCGAUUAUUCUCCUCUGCUUUGUUAUGUACCCGAAGCUACCGAAGGAAGAGAUCGGAGACGAAGAAGCCGGAGAGCCGUUACCUCCCGCCGUGAGACUCACGAAAUGCGGCGGCAGAGACGGCGGUGAUGUUGAUGGAGUUAAAGCUGACGUGUGCGUGAUUUGUUUGGAGGAGUUUGAAGUAAACGACGUCGUUAGAAUUCUUGUGAGAUGCAAGCACGUGUUCCACGUGGAGUGUAUAGAUUCGUGGUGUUUUUAUAAGCUGACAUGUCCGGUUUGUAGAGCACCGUUUCGGUGGUUUGGUGAUUGGUAG